AUGGUACGCACUGCCUGGCUGUUUGGAGUAACACUGUGGUCGUGGGUAAUGCAAUCAGUGCAUUGCGGUGCAGGAAAUAAGUGGGCAUAUUCUGAUAGCGACCUAGGACCGGAACACUGGUACGAGGUCUACCGGGAUUGUGAAGGUAGAGGACAGUCUCCAAUCGAGGUCAACUCUAGCCAGGUGGUCCCAGGAGAUGAUGUGGCAGACUUUAAUCUCAGUGAGCUGAAGAACACCAAUGGCGUGUCCAUGGUUAUAGCGAAUAUUGGCGGACAUACAGUUGAAAUUAGGGUCACUGGCAGUCCUAUUUACAUUACUGGAGGUGGCAUGGAGGGGCGCUACAGAUUGGAACAAUUUCACUUUCACUGGGGGUUGAAGGCUGAGCGAGGUUCAGAACAUAUCAUUGAUGGACGUAAUUUUCCUAUGGAGAUGCACAUCGUUCUGUAUAAUGACAAGUACGCCAAUUUCUCUUCGGCUCUACACAAGGAAAAGGGUCUUGCUGUGUUAGCAUUCUUUUAUAAGGUUGGACAAGUAAACAAAGGCAUGUUCCAAAUUUUGGGUCACUUUAUGGACAUCAAGUUCAAAGACACCAGUAAGUCAAUUGCUGCGUUUCCUGUAGCAUCUUUGUUACCGAAGAAGUACAAUUCAUGGUUCAGAUAUGAUGGCAGCCUGACCACGCCUCCUUGCUCGGAAACGGUGACGUGGACUUUGUUCAGAGAUGAAAUCCACAUUGCAGAAACGCAGGUGAUGACCCAAGUGACAUACGUCACCCGAGGGGAACUGUGA